CUCGCUCGGGGCCGCCGCCCCAGGGGGGCAGGCGGGCGCGCGCGCUGGCCCCGACCGCCCCGCUGGAGCGGCGGCCCCUCGUUCAUGGGGCAGUUGCGAAGCGCCAGCGGGUGCUGCCGCGAAGCGCGGGGGCGCCAGUAGCGGGCGCGGCGGCGCCGCCUGGCGCGCGCGCUGGCGCGCGGCACAUGGCGGGCACCAGGGGCGCGGUGCUGGAGCAGUUCCUGGAGCCGGCCACGGGCGCCCCUGGCCAGCUGGACACGAGCGCGGGGGAGGGCAAGCAGCUGGCGGAUCUCCUGCCGCGCCCGGCGCGGGGCGGCCAAGGCGACCCCGAGGGCGCCGACAGCAGCAGUGGGACGUCGUCCGAGCUCGCGGGCGAGCCAGGCGCUCGACAGCGAACGCUGCAGCGCCGAUCUCGGCGCCGGCUGCUCAGGUGGCUGACCGAAGUCAUGGAGGGCAGCUCGCAGUUGGGGCACCUCACUGCGUUGGAACGCAAGGCCGUGAAGGCCAGGACGGCCGCCACGUACGUGCAGGAGCUAGACGCCCUCGCCAGGUCGAUGCGCGUUUCGAAGGUCGCCGAGGUGGGCGUCGAGGUCCUCGACCGGGAGCUCGUGAAGUACCUGGAGGACCUCUGGCGCCAGGGGCACCACCCGUCCAAGGGCAUGAAGGUGGUCGCGGCCGUGCUGCAUUGCCGCCCCGAACUGGGGAAGGCGGGCCGCGGCCUCCCCCGAUCUUGGAGGAGAAUCAAGGGGUGGUGCGCCGAUGCCCCGGCAAGGAGCCGUCUCCCCGAGCCGUUCGAGGUAUGGUGCGGGAUCAUCAAUGGGUUCGUGUCCCUGGAUCUCCACGGGAUGGGGCUGUUCACAUUGUGUAUGGUGAGCUCGUACAGUCGACCCGGGCCCCUGGCCCGGCUCAGGUCGGAAGACGUGGUGGCGCCGUGCUCGAGCUGUCCGCGCGAUUGCCUGCUCCUGGCUUCGCGGGAGUACGAGGUGCCGAACAAAGUAGGCGAGUUCGACGAGAGCGUGGCCCUGGAUCAUUCUUACUGGAAGCCGCUAGCACCUUUGCUGGAUGCUUUGGCGAAGCGUGGAGCGGGGGUGCCGUCUUGGACUUUCGACUACCCUACCUACGCCAAGGCUUUCAAGAAGGUAUGUGGCAGGCUGGGCCUGACUCUGGUCCCCUACCAGGCCAGAUAUUCGGGCGCCUCGCACGACCGGGCCCUGGAGACCAGGCCGCAGUUCGAGGUGCAGAAAAGGGGGGGCUGGAAAAACCAGAAGAAGGUCGUGAGGUACGAGAAACACGGGCGGCUCGGGAAACAAUGGCACCGGCUGACUGCGGAACAGCAGGCCCGCUUCCAAAGGUGCCAUGCCGAGCUCACGGCUGUCCUGUUGCAUGGCCGAGCCGUCCCCUGGCGCGGACGCUGAGGCUCUGGAGGCCGGCCAGCUGGGCGUUGCAUUUCGGAGACAAUGGGAAGUUAUUUCAAGCGUGUCUGCAGCGCACGUGCUUCUCCUGUCGCCGCGCUUGGGUUGGUGGCGCAGAUUCAAUUUGCAAGCUUCGUUAUCUUCUGAGCGAUAUCCGUACAGGCCAGAUUCUGGCGUUGUCUCUCGCUCUGUGCGGUGGCGAUCACGAUCCAGCGACCCUGAUAGCUUUGAUGCGAGCGGCCGCCGCCCAUAGUGCUCCUUUCAUUUGCACGGCACUCACACAUCGCGCAUCAGUGAUUCUUCGUGAGGUCCCUCAUGAGCAUGUCAGCACAGUGCACUGGUGCGCCUAUGGAAGUCGUUAUAGAGCUCCGACAUAUUUACUAUCAUCCGGCAUCUCUUGUGCCGACCACAACCGCUUGUCCGACUAUUGCUCGGGUUCUGGAGCAUUUUGCCCCCACCAGAACUCUGGCCUGCUACGCUGUUCAGACCUAGAUCUGCAAAAUUUGCGCAGCGCCUGGCGGAGGCCAUUAGCUAUACGCUUACUGCCCCGCUUCGAGCACAGGCGCUGGGCAUGUGAACAUUCUGCUCCGGGAAUGCUACGGGGGCGAGUGUGCAGCCAGUUCUCGAGCUCACUCAUUGCGGUUUUCGUGAGUCGAGCUUCUGUGAUUGUGCUGCAGUGCUCUCGUGGCCACGCCAACCGCGAGCUUGCCAACACAGAUGAUUCGCCGCUAG